AUGCCUCGAUCAUUCCUGGUGAAGAAAUAUUUCGCGAAACAAAAGCCAAACUACAGUGAACUUGAAUAUCAGAAUGACACUUCACUGGACAGAUAUCCUGUUGCUGAGCUCUCAUCAGGAGACACUUCUGUUUCCACCUGUUUCAGUGGGGGUCUGGUGUGGGAUCUGAGCGUCCUGUCCACCUUGUACCUCCCCACACAGACUGAGGCCUCUGUCACCACUCUACCCCUGGACCUCAGCUCCCCAGCCAGCCUCAGCAGUGGAGCCAGCAGCAGCGGUGAGGAGGACGAGGGCCGCUCGUCAGACCCCCCCAGCCCGGAGCCCGUCCACACGUAUGCCCCCAGACAGAGGAUGAAGUGCACUGGUGUUCUGGCACACAGCAGUCCCCCUGAGGAAGAGGAGGAGAGAGGGGCACCGGUGACAGCGAACAGACCAGCGUUUCUCUGUAAACACUGUCCCAAGGAAUACACCAGCCUGGGCGCUCUCAAAAUGCAUAUUCGCUCCCACACACUGCCCUGCGUAUGCACUACCUGUGGGAAGGCCUUCUCCAGACCCUGGCUCCUCAGAGGACACAUCCGGACACAUACAGGUGAGCGGCCCUUCUCCUGCCCCCACUGUAACCGGGCCUUUGCCGACCGCUCCAACCUGCGUGCCCAUCUCCAAACACACGCCGAAGUCAAGAAGUACCAGUGUGGAGUCUGCUCCCGUACGUUCAGUCGCAUGUCACUGCUACAGAAGCACAGCUCCUCUGGGUGCUGUUCCGCGAUGGCAUGA